AUGCUAAUAACUUCUAAAUAUUUAACUAUUUGUGCUAUUAUUAUUUCUGUAAUUAUAUCUUUUACAAAUGGUGCUGCUGAUAAUUGCUAUAUUAAUGAUUCAGGAUUUACUUGUUGUAACAAGGAACUUGAAUCAUCUUUGUUAAAUUCUAUGGAAGGAGAUGAUCUUUUAGGAAAUGCAGACAAAAUUCAAAAAUCCUCAGAAUCAGCAUUAGGUGGAAGAUUUGAAAGUGUUGUAGCUUUAGAUGAUUUUGCAUACAAAGCACAUUAUAAAGAAGGUAAAACUUGUAAAGUUGAGAAAAGUGGUAAAUAUGCUAUGGCCUGGCAACCAUAA